AAUGGAUGUCUGACAUAGAAGAAAUUGUUAGAUCACUGUUGCUUCCACUUAGCGUCGAUAAGAAGAUAAACUUUUGUGAUGCCUUGUUAAGUCAAAUUAAGAAAAUCCAAGAUGAUUAUCCCAAUGACUCCAGUUCUAUAACAUUUGAAUUUGAAAGUCAUGAUAAUGUUUAUGUGUCUAGCAUAAUUUCUCGUGUCAAAUUACUGGUUCUUGGAGCGCAUGUAUUGACAAGUCGCGUAACAGAGGUUGUUACGCAAACUAAUCCGGCGAUCGUGCGCCAAAUUCCGGAAUAUGCUCUAAUAGAGAAAUUGUUUGUGACAUUGGUUAAUUUAUUAUGUGAUCCGCGUAUUCAUCAGAAUGGUGGUGGUUUUACACAUUUUGAUCUAAUACUAGAUCUUGUAUCGUUCUUGCUAGAUGAAAUGGGAAAAAACGCGCGUGCUGUCAUUGUAGCAGAAUUAAAGAAUCACAAAUUUGACAAUAUUAUCCCAGCCAUAUGGAGUAACAGGAUAAAACGUGUGCUUCCUCUUAUUUUCGUUCAAGAAACAAUAGGGGAAGGCGAAAAGAAACACACAAUAGAUCCUUGGAAAAUGAUUGAAGGAUUGGGCGAAGAUGAUGAUCUUACUAGUUCACCUAUUGACUUAUCAUGGUAUAAUUCGAAAGUUUAUCCGCGUCCUAAUAAGAGAUUGAAAAGAGUCAAUGUGAAUUAUAGUAAUAGUACAAUUUAA